AUGCCUAUCAAUCCUCGCCUCCCGGCUAUAACGUCACUGCUCCGAAACGCUCCCAUCCCACGCGCCUCGCCUCCCUACGUCCUUUCGCUACGAUCCGUCGGACAGAAGCGCUUCGAAGGCAUAUUGGCGCCGGAGUGGAAGGGAACGGGUGCGGAGGACCAUGCGUCCCAGAGAACCAAGAAAGGAGAUAACACCGAUCCAACUACGGAUUCGUCGGGCGCUGGGAUGCAAGAGCGGGAGGAAUCCGAGGGGGUUCGGAAUGAUGCGAAAUCACAGGCCACGACGGAGAGGGGAGGAUUGCAGCAUGGAAAGCAGGCUAAGAAAGAGCAUCCGAAGGCACCGGAGCCGAUUAUCGGGAUGAAUGAUGAGAGGGCACAGAAGGGUCAGUGA